GAACCGCAUUGUGUAGGGCAUUAGCUACACACCUCCAACAACUAACCCAACCCGAUACGCCUCGCCGAACUAAUUCGCUGUUUUUCUUGCGUGUCCUCCUGUAUAUAUUGUCGCUAGUUGGGCGGCUGGCAGUGCGGCCAAAGUUCGUCAUGGGGGUUCUUCAGGUCUUAUGUGUCUUUGCUGCCCUUUUCGGGUCCUGUUUCGCUCAGAUCCAGCUUAUACCCACACUUCCAAGCUGUGCAGCCGAAUGCUUCGAAGCAACGUUUCCUAGCUCCUCGUGUAGCUCCUCGGAUCUUGCAUGUCUCUGUGGAGAUGUUGCCUUCUUGGGUGCCGUUCAGAAAUGCGAGGCUCUAAGCUGUACCAUAAAGGAGACAUUGACAUCUACAAAUGCCACCUUGUCAGCUUGUGGUGUUCCCAGAGGCGAUGUAUCCACUACAGUUCUUGCAAUUCCAGCCUCAUUUGGAUCGCUGGCGAUCCUCUUGUUCUUGCUUCGCAUGUUCGACCGAGUCUAUCUUAUGAAACUUUCUCCGGGUUGGGAUGACUACUUGCUCACGGCUGGAGUGGUACUCGGAGCGGUACUGAACUUCGUCUGUUAUCCUAUGGUCCAUCACGGAAUGGGAGAGGACUUCUGGAGCAUCCCUUUCCCGGACAUCAACAUUACUUUAGAGCUACUUUAUGUGGCCGAGAUUUUCUACUUCCCAUCCGAAAUGUUCACUCAGCUCUCUAUUCUCGCUUUCUACCGUCGGAUUUUCGCGAAUACAUCCACGCUACUACAAAGGGGGUCUAUCUUCUUGAUGGUGUUUGUAGUGUUAUUCGGUGUUGCCAAUACACUAGUCAUUAUCUUCCAAUGUACACCAAUCGACUUUUUCUGGACUGGCUGGACGGGAGAAACUACUGGAACAUGUAUUGACAUCAACCUGUUUUCCUGGGCCCGGGCAGCCAUUGAAAUUGCUGUUGAUAUAGCUAUCAUAUCCCUACCUCUACACGAUAUCAUAAAAACGCAACUGAGCUGGAAGAUGAAGAUCCAGGUCUUUAUCAUGUUCGCUCUAGGAUUUGUCGUGACUAUUGUGAGCAUCUUGAGAUUACAGUCUCUUAUUCAGUUUGCCCAGACCAUGAACCCAACCUAUGAUAAUGCACCCGGCGUAUACUGGAGCGUCCUAGAAUGUGAUAUCUUCAUCAUCAGCGCUUGCCUGCCGAGCAUACGCUCAAUCACGUUGAAAAUGUUUCCACGCUUCUUUGGCACGAAGAGAGGUACCAACAUCUCAGGAAAAUAUUAUCGCCAUAACGAUCGCGACUCAAACAACACAUCAUCCUCGCACCAUCUAAAGUCUCUUUCCAAGCAGGGAAAGAUUCUGAAAAGUGUUGAUCUACAUAUAUCCCAUGAAAUGAGAGAGACCGCUGAUGACAAGGAAUUGCUGGACAUCCCGCCAGGCCAUGUGUAUGGAGUGUAGAACAAGAAUUGGAGAUAUUAUGCUGGAUUAAUCUAUAAUUUAUCACACAGGCCGGUUCUGCGAGAGCUCCUACCGUAGGGGCAUUGCAUGAUAUUUGUUUUCGCAUGGAAUAUUUUGAAGCCAUGGUGCUCGGGCUAAGGCUAUAGCUAUACUACCAUACACUGAGUAAUGACAUUCCGGCAAAUCCAUAGGUUUCUUAAACCUUGCUACUCCCCAUCUAACUUAGGAUUGCUGAGAACUACUAAAGUGUGCAUAUGAAGAGGCUGGCGUGAGAUAAGAGCUACGCAUUAGGGUACUACCUAAGGUCAAACUUAUAUGUAGUCAAGACGGCUUCUUUUCAGCAAAAGCCUACCCAUCCUAUACAUGCUGCUCGCGAUACACUCUCCUGUUCCCCUCCUUCUACUCACAGCUGGCAUCCUCCUUUAAAUGAAACUUUCUCUACACAUCAAACACAUACCAAGUCCUCGGUACU